AAACAUCUCCAUCAUCGCUCGACGCUCUGUACACUGUUCCCAAGCCCUAAAAACAACACAAACACAGUACGAUCGCAAUUAUGCCGACACAUUUAUGAAGAUUCUUAAAACAACAAAAUUAAAAAGGAAAAACCAAGAGAAUCACUCGAAGUAAAGUCUUGGAACACAAUUUAAACUAAAAUGCCUUUUGACAAAAUGCUAUACAAAUACGAUGAACCCCACGGACCCGGUGAUGUGUACUUUAUGUGGCAAAAAGGACUUUCCGGCUCAUACUUGGCCUCAACUGGCUCUGAUGGUUCAGUGGCGAUAUUUAGCCGUCAAGGCCAAUUAGUUGAACGGAUUCUCCUUCAAGGACUAUGCUCAGGUCUUUCUUGGGACUGUGAGGGUGAUCUUCUGUGCAUAAUUACAGCGAGCUCUUCGCAAAUUCUCCUUUGGGAUUCGAAUACCCAGACCAAGCAAGUAAUCGAUUCAGGGUUACGUGAUUCUCUUAGUUGCGUUAUAUGGUCUAAGGAAUAUCAGAUUCUUGCGGUAGGCACUACUCGCGGCAACCUGGCUAUCUAUAAUCACCGAACAUCAAGGCGUAUUCCCAUACUGGGCAAACACUCAAAAAGGGUCACGUGUGGGUGUUGGUCACAGCAGAAUAUACUAGCGCUGGGAAGUGACGAUAAGAGCUUUUCGUUGUCCAACGAAGAGGGAGAUUCAUUGCGAGUAGUCCAGUUGCGAGAUGUACCUUCGGAUAUGUACUUUGCCGAGAUGUCAAACGAUGAGAAAGUCUCUGGAGAGAAUACAGUCAGUAUGAUCAUAGGAAAACGGACAUUGUUUUUGUUUUACCUGCCUGAACCCGAUUCUCCCACCGAACUGGGAUUCCAGAGUCGCUAUGGAUCGUUGUUGCAGCACAAAUGGUUCGGAGAUGGCUAUAUACUGUUGGGUUUUUCCAAUGGGCAUGUUGUGGCAAUAUCCACCCAUCCUAAAGACGUGGGACAAGAGCUUUGGCAAGUUAAGAAUCAUAAGGAAACCCUAUCGGGAUUAGCUUAUUGUCCGGCAUUGGAUAUAGUUGCCUCAUGUGGAGAUGAUACGGUGAAGAUACAUUCGAUAACAAAUCUUCAAGAAACUGAGAAGAUCAUAACCCUGCCCGAUCACUCAACUGUUCAAAUGAUCGAUUGGAGUAGCGAUGGUCAGCUUUUGGCAGUAACAACAAACACUGGAACAAUUUGUACGUUCGUCACUAAACUACAGACUAUGUACGCUGUAUCUCCUCCAAGAAUUGCAAUGCUAAGUAGCUUGGCUGAGGUUUCCAUUUAUGUCUAUUCCCCAGAGAAGUCCAAACCUAUUCCGAUAAAACUAAAUUUAGAAAUCGAGCCUGCGUUUAUUGGUAUCGGUCCGUACCACCUUGUAGCUGGAAUGAACAACCAUGCUUGGUUCUAUGAUUUGGGCAAGACGCUAGGUGAUGAACCGAUGCUUCUCGGCGAUAGGGAAUUUAAUUCGGAAAUUAAGGAUAUCAAAAUAAAUGUCGAUUUCUGUGCUGUGCUGAAUGGAUCGCAUUUGGUUUUGCAGUCCAUUGAAUUGGAUAAUCCCAAUACCAGAGAUAAACCAACUCAAACUUUUCCUGGAGCAAUAUCAGGACUUAGUGAUGCAGUGAUCACAAGUCAUUUGUUAACAAAUGAGUUUCUUAUAUUUGCAACUGAUCUAGGACACUUGAUUUAUUUCUCUUUGGAAAAAUGGGCAUUAAGCAUAAAAUAUAGACAUACUAUGGGAAUCAAAAGCCUUAGCAGUGAUACAGAAGGAACUAAGUUAAUUUUCUUCGAUGAUCAUCAACAGGGUUUUGUUUUUCUUCCGACAACUGAAGAGACUCUUCUAAUAACUGAUUUACCAAAACAAUGCGAAGGAGUUCUGUGGGAUCUGUCAAAAAGUAAUGUGUUUGCCUUGUACGAUACGAAGAUAUGUUCAACUCAUGUCUUUCAGAGGUAUUCAAUAGAAGGAAAACACACUCUAAAAAUAGGCGAAACAAAACUCCUUGCCGCUCAGGUACCUCUUAUGUUGUACGAUGGUGAAUUAGCCCUUUGUGUUGAUGGGGGGCAGUUUUCUACCCUUACGCUAUCUACACACCUUGUUACACCCGGAACCAAAGCUUCAACUAAUUUACAAAACUUAAUCCGUCUUAGAAAAUACGUUGAAGCCUAUAAGGUGUGUGAGCAGAUAAAAUUAAAGGCAUCAUGGUUGGAAUUAGCACAACAGGCCCUAUCCGACUUGGAACCUGAUUUUGCUCUUAAGGUCUAUCGGAAAAUUGGUGAUGCAUCAAUGGUGGCAGCUUUAGAGGAAAUUCGUCAUGUGGAAGAUAUAAACACUCUGUGUGGCUUUUGCUGUCUUUUGUUGGAAAAAUCCGAAGAUGCCAAGGACUAUUUCGCAAAGAGUUCAAAUACCAAAGAAGCAUUGGAUAUCUGUAGGGAUCUGCUGCAAUGGGAACAAGCUAUGCUUUUGGCUGCCAAACACGAUCCUGAUAAAGUUCCUUAUAUUGCUCGUGAAUAUGCCUAUCAAUUGGAAUUUACGGGUAAUUAUGCUGAUGCUUUGUUUCACUAUGAAAAAGGCUAUAAAGAGGAUCUGAUUAAUGGCAAUCAUGUGCCGGUGGAAAAUUCAUCACUCGACCUCGAGGAGCAUGUGAGAUUGUGCAAGGCAGGAAUUGCCAGAACUUCAAUACGAACUGGAGACUUCAGACGAGGAAUCCAAUAUGCAGUAGAGCUUGACGACAAACAGCUACUUAGUGAUUGCGCUGAGUCUUUAGCUACUGUCGGCCACAUAACUGAAGCUGCUGGCCUCUAUGAAAGAGGACAAUUUUACGACGAAGCUUGUUUUCAUUAUAUCUCUGUGAAAAUGUGGAAUAAAGUGAACCAAAUACUACCGAAUGUAACUAGUACUAAAUUGCAUGCAACCUAUGCCAAGGCCAAGGAAGCCGAGGGACAGUUCAAAGAAGCCAUUUCUAGCUACCGAAUUGCCGGGGACUUAGACGCAGUAGUUCGUAUAUAUCUUGAUCAAUUGCAGGAUCCACAUUCAGCAUCGGAGAUAGUUCUCGAGUCACGGUCCGUGGAGGGUGCAAAAAUGUUGGCGAAAUUCUUCCAGAAGAUCGGAGACAUCGAACAAGCUCUGCAGUUCUUGGUGAUUUGUGGAUGUGUCCAGGAAGCAUUUUCUCUGGCACAACGUCACAACAAGCUCCGACAACACGGGGAACUAUUGGAACGCUAUGAAAACGCGAAGUCGGCUGACUACCUUGCGUUAGCCCAUUAUUUCGAAAGUGAAAAGCACACUUUGUUAGCUGGCAAAUAUUAUUUCCUGGCUAGAGAAUUUUCCAAAGCAUUGAAGUACCUUCUCAAAGCAUCGUCUUUUACCAGUGAAGAAUCUCCAGCACUUUCAAUGGCUAUAGACUGUGUUGCUUCUUCGAAUAGUGAUCAGCUGGCAAGUCAACUGAUCGAGUUUCUACUCGGGGAAGUCGAUGGCUCGCCGAAAGAUCCACGUUACCUAUUUCGUUUGUAUAUGGCAAGGAAGCACUAUAAGGAUGCUGCUAAGACUGCAGUUAUAAUUGCCAAUCAAGAGCAAUUAGCUGGAAAUUAUAAAGCAUCCAGAGACUUACUAUUUUCAAUGUAUCAGGAAUUGAGACGAAACAAUCUAUCGGUGACAUCGGAUAUGAGACAUAAUUUAAUUUUGCUCCAUCGAUAUACUUUGGUGCGAUUGCAUAUUAAAUUGGGGAAUCAUUUACUAGCUGCUAAGCUUUUAAUUGAAGUUGCAGCGAAUAUUUCACAAUUUCCAGAACAUAUAAUUCCAAUUCUAACAUCAACCGUCAUCGAAUGUCAUCGUGCUGGAAUUAAGAAGUCAGCCUUCACUUAUGCCUCAAUGUUGAUGCGUCCCGAUUAUCGCAAUCAAAUCGAUCCAAGGUAUGCGAAAAAAAUCGAGUCGAUUGUAAGAAAAGCCCCAAAAGGAAUAAAAGACUUUAAAGACGAAUUCGAAGACGAAACAAUGGAAUGUCCAAUAUGUGAUGCAAAUCUACCUAAUAUGGAAGUUACUUGCUAUAGCUGUAAGACCACGUUACCCAUAUGCAUUGCAACGGGUCAACAUAUAAUCAAAAGUAAUAUGACAUCCUGUCCGGAAUGUGAUUUUCUGUGUUUCCGUUCGGAAAUGGAAAAAAUUCUCUCAGAAUCCAAUAAAUGUCCAAUGUGUGGAGAAAAUGUUGACCCUGGACGAUUGCUUGACGUGGAGGAUAUUCGUCCUUAUAUAUUAUCGAUAACUUAGUUAAAUAAGGUUUUUAGUAUUUAAAUUUAGCAAUAAUUUAUUUAUUUAUUUAUUAUUUGAA